CAAUCCGAGAACGAAAUAUUUUUCGUCGAGGAAGGAAGGGCUAACGGGCUGUCGGCCAUAGGCCUGUCCGUGUUUGCCUUGCCGUUUUGGACGUCAUUUUUUUUAUUAUUACUCGCAGGUUAGAUUGACUACAAUUUGCUGGAGAGGAACCUUUUUCACGGACAUUCAUUAUAUAAACGGAACGUGGCAAGGCCGACGAAGAGAUAAGCAAGUGUCCGCCAAGGUUGCAGCUCGGUACGCGAAGUCCCACCCAAUGCGCAUUUAUUUCUAGUCACUGCAGGAAAGAAAGCAGCGGCGCUAGCACGACCAUGUCCAUCAUCAUCCGGAUGCAGAACUUGCCCUGGGCGGCCAACUCCCUGGACAUCCGGCGCUACUUCCAGGGCCUGGGUAUCCCCGAAGGCGGGGUGCACAUCGUGGGCGGCGACAAGGGCGACGCCUUCAUCGCCUUCAGCACGGACGAAGACGCCCGGCAGGCCAUGGAGCGCGAUGCCGGUAAAAUCAAGGAGGUGCGCAUCAAGCUACUGCUUAGCUCGCGCGCAGAGAUGCAGCGCGUCAUUGACCAGGCCCGGGCCCAGCAUGCCAACCCGGCACCGCCGAAGAAAGAAGAGCGUCGCCGACCCAGUCCCGAAGACCGCGGUCGAAGAGGCCCCACUAGCAGCAGCUCGAGAGACCGCUCUCCGCGACGACGGCGUCGCGACCGCAGCCACAGCCGUUCGCCGUCGUACCGUAGGGACCGCGACAAGGAGCGCAGCAGGUCCUCGCGCGGAGACGAGAGACGUCGCAGCUUCGAAGAGCCCGUGAGCCGCGGUAACGAUGCUGCCCCUCUCGAAGAGCCGAACAAGCCGGUGCAGAACGGGUCUGAGGCCCCGCUACCCGCGUUCCAGGGCACCGUGGGGCCUCUGAACAUUCCCGGUCUUCAGGGGCUUCCGGGCCUUCAGGCGCUACAAGGUCUCCAGAGCGGACUCGACGCUGGCUUGGCUUCCCUGCCUCUGGCCAAGCCCGCUUGGGAGCCCGAUCGCAAGCCGACCUGGGACGACAAGCAGCCGUCUGGUUUUCCUUCCGCAGAGCCCGACAAGUCGUCCGCAGCGUCUGCCACGGGUCCUCUCUUCCCGAUUUCGAGCACGAGUCCGGCAAUGCGUCCGCAAGGUGAAGGACUCUCGGGUCCCGUGAAUAUGGCUGGCCAGCCCCUGUUGCCCGGACUGGGUGGACUUAACCUCGCUUCGAUGAACAUGAUGAAUGCCAUGAUGGGUGGUCCGUCAGCAGGCGGCGACAUGAUGGGUAUGAUGGCCGGCAACAUGCCCAGUAAUAUGUCCGGCAGCGUGGCGGGCGGCAUGGGGGCGAAUAUGCCGCUCGGGAUGGGAGCGAGCAUGGGCGGGCUGGGGCCAAACAUGGGCGCAAUGGGACAGAACAUGGGUGGCAUGGCAGCGAACAUGGCUGGGAUGGGGGCCAACCUACCAGGGGGAAUGGGCACGAACAUGUCAGGCGGAAUGGGAGGUGCCAUGGCUGGGGGCAUGGCCGGCGUCAUGCCCGGUGUGAUGGGUGGCGCGAUGGCCGGUGGCAUGGGAGCUGCGAUGCCUGGUAGCAUGGGAAUGGGCGCAAUGGGGGCUAACAUGGGUGGCAGCAUGGGAGGGAACAUGAUGGGUGGCAGAGGCCCCAUGGGGCCGAAUGCUGGGCCGGGUUUUAACGAUCGACGGCCGAUUUCGGACGGUGCCCCUGCGUUCAGUAAGACCGACCCCGGCCCAGAGCCCCCGCGCAGGGCGGCGGCAGACGCUCCGGGACCGACCCCUGCGCGGGACUCGUCUUCCUCGCGUCGGAACGAAGAGAGCUGCUGCGUCGAGAUGCGCGGCCUGACGGGGGAGCCGACCCCGCGCGACGUGAAGGACUUUUUCCGUGGUCUGCGUAUCUUCAGCGGCUGCAUCCGAGUGGCCACCGCGGAAUCCGGCGUGAAGACCCUGGUGAUACGUUUCGCGAACAAGUGGGACGCCCGCGAAGCUCUGCAUGGCAACUACAAGAACUUCGGGGGCGACGCCAUAACGCUGGUGCCAUUCCCAGAAGAGCUGUUCGAACGCACAGAGUACCUGGGCGGCGGGGGCGGGCCGCCGCCGUCGCGGUUUGGAGGCUCUCAUCCCGGCGGCGGCGACGUCGGUCCCGGUGGUGCCCCAGGUGGAGGCGGCAGGGGCCGCUUCCCGCCGCGCGACGACAACACAGUCGUGGUGAUGAAGGGCCUUCCUUACUCGUGCUCCGAAACAGACGUGCUCCAGUUCUUCUCGGGCCUCAACAUAUUGGACCUGUUCGUGGAACAUGAUCACAAUGGACGUGCCACGGGCACGGGCUUCGUGGAAUUCGCGAGCAAGCGAGACUUCGACGCGGCCAUGAACAUGCACCGGCGCAAGAUGGGCCAUCGCUACAUCGAGCUGACAGUCGGCACCCGCGACUCUAUGCACCUGGCGCGCAAUGCGGACGGCGUGAGGCCCGACGGACCGGCAGUACCACCGCGAACCCGCGAAGAAGAGGCUCCCCACCACAGCCCGAUUCCGCCGGCGCCGUUGGGCCACGGGUCGGUACCUCUGGCGCACACAUGCGUGUCCAUGCUCGGCCUGCCCGACACUGUGACGGACCGCGACAUCGCCGACUUCUUCAGUACGCAGGGAGUCAUUCCUCGCGCCAUCCACAUCAUGCUCGGCGCCAACGGCGUGCCCACUGGCCACGCCUUCGCUGAAUUCGCCGCACACGCAGACUGCGAGCGCGCCUUCCUCAAGAACGGCGCCUCGCUGGGACCCCACACCAUCACAUUGAAGACGAUCCCGUACAGCGAAGUCGCGCAAGCCCUCGGCGGCCACCACCGUCCUCCUCCUCCAGAGAAUCGCUUCGAAGGGGGGCCUCCUCGGGGCCGGGACCAUGGGCCGCCCGUAGGCCGCGAGCUCGGAGGGCCCGGCCCUGUCAAGCGGCCCCUCCUGGAGCGUGCCGAGCGGCCGCCCCUGUUCCCGGACCCCGCCGAAGAGAGGAGAGGCCCGCUGUUCCCGGACCGCAACGGACCCCCCGGGCCCCUGCUCAGGGCCCCGAGGCGGUUCGACGACGGCGAGGGCCCGCGCGGGCCGUCGGGGCCCCCCGUGCCGGCGGGCCCGGGGUCCCUGGAAGGGUUUGGGAAGCCGGGCUGCGUGGUGACGGCUACCAACAUCCCGUUCCGCGCAGGCGUCGAUGACAUCAUCGCCUUCUUCCACGGGUUCGAUCUGACCAAAGAAAAAGUGAUGCGACGAUUCAGUGACCGCGGCCAGCCCACGGGCGACGCCAGGAUCGCGUUUGCGUCGCCCAGGGAAGCGCAGGAAGCUCUGGCCAAGUUCAACAACCGACCCAUGCAGGGUAGGGCCAUUACACUGGGCCUCCUCUGAGCUGCUCCUUUUUCCUGCAAUAACGCAUUCGGCGCUCGUAUUUUUUUUUUUUUUUUUUUUUUUUUUUUUUUUUUUGUUAAUGAGAAAUUUUACGGAUGAACUCAGAAUGGUGCGCGCGGUUUUUCGAUGCAGGUGACUGUGUGGAUGUGUUUGUGUGUCGUACUGUCUCGUUCACCCGCUCGAUUCGCGCGCGAUUGUACAGAAAUCACUUGCAUUGCAUCUGUUAUCUCAUUUCUGUUCGCUGGUCGGCUGGUCACGCGGAAACUCGCGAAAAAUCACGCAUUAAAGGAUCCUCAUUAUCUAUUCGUGGUGU